UUAAGUAAAUCUUUUCGGGGUCGUUUGUUUGUACACAUUUUCAGUUCCAAAGUUUAUUUUAAGAACAAUACAACCAAUAUUUUAUAUCAGUAUACUUUAGUGUAAAACGUUGUUAUUUUGAAAAAGGAAAACUUAAGUUUUGAGAUACAACUUUAAACUUAAUGAAUUAUGAUCGCCCUUCAACCUCCCUAGUAUUUGGAAUGGUAGAGUCCAAAACAAUUCAAGCAUUUUGCGGGAAGCAAGCGGAAGCAACUCGAGCUACGGAGCGUUUACAAAACAAACUUGACACUAAACUAUACUACAGUCGACUCAAUGAGUCCCGUAAAAGGCAGAGGAGCCAAAGUGGGCACAGUAAAACAACAUGAGAGCAAAAAAGAUUUGUCUAAUGAGAACAUAGAUUCUCCCAACCUGUCCGCUAUAGACAAAGCUAGCUUCCUGGUGGGACUGCAGCUAAACCAUGGCAACCCUCUUCACAGCACCGCCGUGGGAGAAGAUUUAAACGUCUUAGACGAGGAAGAGGCAAGCAGAAAAAAGCCUGGCGGAAAGGAAAUUCCUCAGACGUCGAAGGAUGCCGGUAAACAGCGCGGAGCUGCGGAGAAGAGGAAGGAUGGAGAGGAGAAGAAAAAGAGGAAACCUGCUGUAGGGAGGCCGGGGAAAAAUCAGCUGGUGCAGAAAGGCAAGAAGAGAAAGAGCGGGAUGUCCAGUGACCCUGAGCCACAGGAGCAGUCUGACAAAGAAGUGCUCUCUUCUGAGGAAGAGGAUGGGGGAGAUGACAGGAACUGGUGCCCAAGUCCAAAGAAGGCCAACGUGUAUAGUUUGGGCAGAAGCAGAAAGUCUUUAUCUGAGGAGUCUGAAUCUAGGAAGUCUUCAUCAGGCAGUGCCUCUACUGAACCAGAGAAGGCCAGCACUGAUAGACAGAGGAAGAGAAAGCGGGGGGGUCGGGGGGGGACACAGUUAGAGGUGGUGCUGAAAACCUUCCUGGACUUCUGCGAGCAGUACAGGGAGUCUUUGGAGUCCAACACGUUGAAAAAGUGUGUUGAUUCUUUCUCCUCCAAUGUGGAAAAUCAGCUGUUGGAAAAGAUCUCUUCUACCAAGGAGCUAAAAGUUUUAAAAAGAGAAAACACAAAGGUGGGUUCUUCAAUCCGUACAAAGACAAAGAGACUGUUUGAUGCCAAACACGAGCUGAUGAGGGGGGAGAGGCAGGUGUGUUUGCUGCAAAAGGAGAAAUCUGAACUUAAAACGCGACUAGCUGAUCUGAGACGAGGCCAAGCCUUCCUGCACGACAUCAGAGAGCUCAACAGACAAUACCUGGACUACCGACACAAACACCCCAAAGAACAAGAGAUGUAUGGUGCCUCCAGCUUGCCAGCUCUGCUAUUGGAGGCGAAGCAUACUCAGGCAGAAGAACUUCCCCAAAAAGGAAAAGUUCAACACCUAAAAAAAGGAACGAAGAAGAAUAAGACUCAGAAAUAAUGCAAUUGAUACACAAAGACACACACUGCUGACAACCUGAAUUGACUAAAGGAACUUUGUAAUGAGUGAAUAUAAGGCAAAUAAUAACAGCAUUUUCUUGUGUGUUAUCGUUGAAAAAAUAUAUAUAGCCGGUUAUAUUUCCGGAUGAUAAUAAAUUAUUUUAUGCGUUGUGUUAAGUAAGUUUUUGAUGUGAAAUGUUCAUUAAAUGCAUGUUUAUAAAAGA